CUUCUGGCAGGCAAACAUGUCGAACGCUACAGGUUUCCAGCCGAUACAGCAAGCAGCAUCAGGAUUCAAAUCGGCCGAAGUCGAUCCCUUCGCUAUGCCCAAGACCCCUGAUGGAUGGGGACAAGCAGAUGGCAACGUGACUCCUGGCUUCGGACGAGACAUCGCAAGCUCUCCACUCAUCAUCCCGCCCGACAGCCAGGAGGGAAGAACAAGUAGCGAGUGGUCGACAGGUGGGAUCAUCGGGCACGAGACGUACCCUAGUGACGGGGGUAUCCUGGGAACGGAUCUGGCGGGCGUUCUUGAUGAGCCUGAGCCAUUCGAACUAUGCUGUAUAACUCCGACACACUCGAUCUUCAGUGAGGAGAAGAAGACCGGGAAGAGGAAAGCUCCUGAAGCUCCGGUCAAUCACACCAUCAACCUGCUCUCAUCUCAGAACGCCAAGGGUCUGUCAGCGAACCAGGAGAACGCGUCCGCGCCUGUCAAGGCCGAGAUGGCGGCCAAGACCAACGCAGUUGCGUUGAAGCCCAACACAUCGAAAGGAGUUGUGGGCAAGAAGAAGAACAAUGUCGAUCCCAGCUUCCUUCCACUGCUCGACUGCCUGACAUGUCUGCAGACCAAGAUCAAGUCUGAGGAGGCGACUCGCAUAGAAGGACCAAGUGCUCUCGCUCGCCCCGUCGUCAAGUUCGAUGCGAAUGCUGCAAACAAACCUGUAGCGUUCGCUGUGCCAGGCUUGAAGAACCAGCAGCAGAUGUCUUGGACUGCUCCUCAGCUCCCUUCCAACCCUUCCAAGGUUCCUCCAGUGCUGCAGCAGCCCGUCUACCAGCCUCCCAAGGGGGUUCCCCACCCUUCUCUCGCUCCUCAGCCUCCAGCUCAGUACCAGCAGAAGACUCCAACCUCGCAGGCAGGUUCAACUCAGUGGACGGCGAGACAGCAGCCUCUCCCUUCCUCGCAGCCUGCCGCCUCCUCUACCAAGAUCAACCUCAACAACAUCAAACCUCCCCUUACAAACCUCCCGGGCAACCUUCCCCACGUCCCGAGUUGGACUCCCGCUGCCCAGCCAGAGCGCGAGAGCCACGGGCUCACGUGGACAGCAGCAGGGAGCCUUGAGAAGCGGGAAGGAGGAGGCAACGGACCGGGGCCGGACCGUGAGAGACGUUCAGCAAGGUACAAGGGUGUGACGUGGGACAGAGUGAAGCGCAUGUGGAGGGUGAAAUCUGACAGUGUCGGACCAAACUAGGGAGGAGACGCAUGCUGAAUGAGCUUGCGGACGUUUCCCUGCUACAAUAAUCGUUGAUUGAUUCUAAUAAGCUAAAACAAGCCCCUUGUGGCGGAGAAUGCUCUGUGCGUAUAGAUGAUGACUAGGACUCUAAAGAUUAAGUUGCAUCGUUUGUAAAUAGAUGUCAAGAUUAGACU